AAAUUUACCCCCGCGUCUAUAAAUACACCUCCCAAGACUUCUCCACUCCACACUCUUAACGAACAACAGCACCGUCAAUUCAUCAUGUCGUUGUUAUCUUCGCCUUCGCGUUCCGUCUUCCAGUUUCCGCAGAAAUUCUCCGGCGAAGCUUUUCUCCCGCCGACGUCCAACUCCAGUUUCCGGCAGCCACGUGCAGGUGUUGUUUCCGCAGCUUUCGCUUCUUAUGCUACUGCGGAGAGCGAGCGAACCACUUCCACUUGUGUGUUGCCGCCCAGGUUAACAGCUCCGACGUCGUUUUACGAGGUUUUGGGGAUUCCGAUGGGAGCCACUAGUGGUGAGAUCAAGGCGGCGUAUCGGAGACUAGCGAAAGGGUGCCAUCCAGACCUGGCGGGGACUGAUGAGAAGAGCUCGUCUGCGGAUGAGUUCAUCAAGGUUCAUGCUGCUUACUCCACUUUAUCUGAUCCGGAAAAACGUGCUGAUUACGACCGGCGACUGUUCCGCAGUCACCGCGGCGUCCGGUUCUAUUCCACGCCGUCUCCGACGAAGUCGAGGUAUUCCGGUUACAGUGGCCGGAACUGGGAGACUGAUCAGUGCUGGUAGAGAUCGGGAGAUAAUUGAUAGAUUAACAUACAGAGUUCAGAAAAUUUUGAACUAAUCCCCAAAAAAAAAAUUUUAAAAAUAUGUAGAGAUAAUGAGUAGACAGUGGAAUCUCUCUCUCUCUCUCUUUUUUUUUUAACUUGUAUAUAUGGAAUCCGAAGAAACCCAAAUGUAAGAGGUAACUGGGGUACGCGGUGUGAAUGAUUAACAAAAUAACAUGUAGAUUGUGACUUAUGGCAUAAUUUUUGGCCUCAAUAUUAUGUACUUGGACUUAUUUUGUGAUA